UACGAUCCGUCUUAUAUACGAAGUGACUGAUACUAUGGGAAAAGCCGGGAUGAAUUUACUUCGUCUCUGUCGACGGAACUUCAGUGUUAUUCCUGUUUCAGUUGGUCGUCGACAGUAUGGCACCAGCGGGACUCACAAGACUGUCAGGAUCGGUUGCGCCAGCGGUUUCUGGGGUGACACGCCGACAGCGGCACCACAACUCAUCCACAAUGGGAACCUUGACUUCCUCAUGUUUGACUAUCUCUCAGAGAUCACAAUGUCCCUGCUUACUGCUGCUCGUGCAAAGAACCCAGAGUUUGGUUAUGCUCCAGAUUUUGUCCUCUUUGCGAUAGGGCCAUAUUUAAAUGAAAUAAAAAGGAGAGGCAUUAGAGUGCUGAGCAAUGCUGGAGGCAUCAACCCUGAGGGCUGUGCUGCUGCCUUAAGACAAGCUGCUGGCAAGGCUGGUGUAGAUUUAAAGGUAGCAGUCAUCACAGGAGAUGACUUGAUGCCCAGGAAGGAAGAGUUGAUAACAUCUGCAGUACCAGAUAUGUUGAGCGGCCAUCCACUUCCACAGACAGUCCAUAGCAUAAAUGCUUACCUUGGUGCUGGUCCUAUAGCACGUGCAUUGGAUGAAGGGGCCGAUGUUGUCAUCACGGGAAGAUGUUCAGACAGUUCCUUGGCCCUGGCUCCACUUAUGCACGAGUUUGGUUGGCAGUCGGGUGAUUUUGAUCAUCUUGCUGCGGGAAGUCUGGCAGGUCACCUGAUUGAAUGUGGAGCCCAGGUUACUGGGGGAAUAUACACUGACUGGCAGACAGUUCCAGACUGGCACAACAUUGGUUUUCCUAUAGCUGAGGCUUCCAACACUGGCAGCAUCCUCAUCACAAAACCCCCCGGGACUGGUGGUGUAGUUUGUCGCGGAAGUGUUGCCGAGCAGAUGCUUUAUGAGAUUGGUGAUCCUCGUGCGUACAUACUGCCAGAUGUGGUAUGCGACUUCACCGGGGUGAAGCUGAGUGAAGUGGAAGACGGGGUCGUUGUUACAGGAGCCAAGGGCAAGCCUGCCACAGAUACUUAUAAGGCUAGUGCUACAUACAUGGAUGGCUACAAGAUGACAGCUGUGUGCUGUGUUGGUGGGCCUAAGAGUAAGGAGAAAGGAAAGAAGACAGCAGAGGCCAUUCUAAAACGAUGCAAAAAUAUUUUUAAAAUGUUGAAAAUUUCAGACUUCAAGAGAACACACAUCCAAGUUUUAGGAGGUGAAGAUACGUAUGGACCGCAUUUUAGUUCAGUUGAUGGUCCUCGAGAAGGAGUAAUAUGGAUUUCUGUCCACCACUCAGAUAAGAAAGCCUUGGAACUUUUCUCCAGAGAAAUUGCAGCUGCUGGCACGGGCAUGGCUCCUGGAUUAACUUCCAUUGUAGGUGGUCGACCCAAGCCAUCCCCAUUGUUACGUCUUCACUCGUUCUUGAUAAAGAAAAAUGAAUGCAAGAUAAACAUCAGCAUGGAUGGAAACAAGAGAGCAUAUUGUGAGUCUUCAGAUAGUUGGGUCUCUUCAGCUGCCUACAAUUAUGCUGACCAGCCUGUUUCUAGUGUGUCUGGCUUGGUUAGUGGAUCAAAAAGCUAUCGCCUUGAAGAUCUGGCUUUCACCCGGAGUGGUGAUAAGGGUGACUCUUGUAACAUUGGAGUGAUUGCUCGUCAUCCUGCCCUUUACCCUUAUCUGAAGAAGGCUCUUACAUCUCAGUCUGUGGCUGAUUAUUUCAGCCAUGUGUUCCCAGCUGAUGUCAACCCUGUGGAGAAUAUAAAAAGGUAUGAGGUUGAUGGUAUCCAUGGUCUCAAUUUUAUCCUUGAAAAUUCCCUUGGCGGUGGUGGUGUGGCAUCUCUUCGCUCUGAUCCCCAAGGUAAAGCAUACGGCCAGAUGCUUCUCGACUUCAUUGUGAAAGACAUGCCAGAAGUUCAAACUCUUAAAUGAAGAGGAGUAGAAAUGUGUUGACGUGGUACAGCAGCCAGUUGUCGUUCGGGGAGUUUUUCCAGUUCAACAUAUUUUGGUAACAUUUGUUUUGAAUAAACAUGAAAAUUAAAUUUGUUAAUGGAUCCCAACUGAAUACUGUUCACUCAAAAGCUGAAAGUUUCAAUUAGUUGUGAUCAUGUUUGUUAUAAGUAUUUGUUCAGUUACAUCACAUAGCACAAAUUAUACUUGAAAUUUAGCUGGAAAUGAGACCAAAAUGAAUGAAAAUUGAAUUGUAAUUUGCAAGAGUUGUUUGCAUUUCAAUUACAAACAAUCUUCGGAAUUUCUUAAUUGAGAGAAAUGUCAGAUUGGGACAUGAAUUUUUGCCAUGGUAGCUAAUUUUUUUUGUUCGUAAAAGCUUUCUAAAAUCGAACAGACGUAAAUUUGUGAGAGGCUCGUGAAUGGAACACUGAAUUUCAUGAGAAUUUUUCACUGUUCCCAUACAACAGUACUGUAUUUUCUCAACCACAACAUCUGCAAUUAUUACCCUGAGAUCCCAGCAGGUCUCGGAAUGUGGCGUUGAACUUGUAUGGUACAGUAUAUAUUAUGCUCUGGGAUGUAAGAAUCUGUAGAUAAUUACAAGUAGACAUACUUUGCUUAGCAUACGAUUAAUUCUAUAAACACAAAUUAGAUAAGUAAGGAUUAGACGGGACUGUUUUACAGUAUGAUUAAUAUGAAGUGUUUUAUCAGUGCUACCUAGAUCAUAUAGGAAAAUUUGUAUAUGGAAAUAUUAAUGGAAAUCUAAUGCUUAAAGCUGAUUAAUAUACAGUAUAAGCUUCAGUUCUACCAAUACAUCUCUAUAUUGGAGGAUAUAAUGUUAAAUAUUUGUGAUGUAUCAUUUACGUUUUUUAAUACUGUAUAGUGAGUGGUAUGUUCUAAAUUUUGAGAAACCAUAUUAAAGCAGUAUGUUAUCCACUAGGCAUCAUGAAAAAUAUAUAUUAAUAGAAAAUUUUUCAAUUGGAGAUAUUUAUUUAUUGGGGUACAGUAUUAAACAAAAAUCAUUACAUAAGUAGGAUCCAUAAAUAAAUAUAGAAACAGCUCUUUUUGAUAUUAACUUUUUAGUUGUAGUAUUACUGCACUGUACAUAUUUGCUGGUAAUUAUUCACAGGAAAUCAGUUUGCCGUAAUCUUUUGUUGCCAGCGUGUUUAACUUGGCAUUGCUCGUUUUUGUAUUCUGUGACUGGUUCUGUUGAGGCAGUUUGUAAGGUUCUUGUGUGUAGGGAAUUCACAAAGUAAAAUCAGCCUCUUCAGAAGGCACAAUGCAUGAUGCCCAUGGUUUCUCCUGAGCAUCAUGCGUUGUGCCUUUUUAAGAGGGUGAUCGUCGUAACAUCCUAUGGCCAUUCUUGUAGAAUGAGCUUGCACUUUAUUAUGUUUUUUAUUCAGUUGAAAAAGAGUUUAGAAUUGUGUGCAAUUUAGCUGUGAUGGUAAAUAUGUCGAGCAGUCUUAGUCUGCAUUAGUCUGCAGACUAAUGUAUUACAUGACAACAUGAUUGGCUAAUUCCCUAACCUGUCCUCUUAUAAAGAACGUCGCUUUUUGCUCGUAUGCGUUACAUAAGGCCAAAAAUUGUUGUACUAGAAAAUGGAAGCGGCUCCCAAAAGUGACGUACUGUCCCGUUUUCUGUUUUUUGUUCCCUGGUCGGUUAUGAUAAGGGCACUUUAAAUAGACUGUUUUCUUGACGUUGGGAAACCUUAGGACAACGAGUUGAAUUACCACCACAAUGAAAAUUUGUGGAAAAAAUUCAGGUAUGAAAUAAUUUGCUUAGAGUAUAUGUAAUGUAUGUGUGAUUUUUUUAUUUACUGUAUAUAUAUGACAGUACAAUGGGUUGUAAAAGUAUAUAUUUUGGUGUUUUAGUGAUACACAUGUAUUGGAUGUCAUUACAGUAAGUCACGAUUUGUAGUGUAUGCGUGCUUGCCUGUAUAAUAAUAAUUUUGGGUAAGAUUGCAGAAAGUCAGCACAUACAGUACAACAAACUACUUACAGCAUAACUGACUUUUAUAUCUUUUUGUUCAGUAUUUUGAAAGGAACAUUGUUCUCCAUGUGUAAUUGGAAGCUCCAUGAUGAUAUUCAUUUAAAACACACUAUAAUAUUUAUAGUUAUGAGGAAGAUUGUUUCAAAUGAAUGCUGACCUGUGACUGAAAUGCUGAGUCUAAUUGGGGCUUCGUAUUAUAUAUGAUUAUUGUAUGUGCUAAAUAAAUCACGGAUUAUGUUCCUUGGUAUAUUUUAUGAAUAAAAUAAUAUUAUAAAACGGUUUUUGCAUUGUGUGGUGUAAUAGUGAAUGGUGAGGCUGUCGUGUGUACACACUUUAUUGUGAAGCAUGGAAAUGGCACCAGAAUUUUAGAUGUUGUAUUCAUUUUGAUUAUUGGUAAAAAUGAAUGGAAUAUUUGAAAGUGUAUUGUAUAUAUUUAUUACAGUGUACAGUAACAUA